GCGUCUCGGGGUGGCCGCUCCCACUGGCUCCGGGAGCGUUGCAGGGCUGGCUGGGGCCAGGGUGCCAGUGAAAUGAGCAGGUAGGAGCAUUCCCACCAGCACAGAGCCAGGCACUUCCCCAGCUCCAGAGCACCCACGCACCACUGAGGCUGCGGCCGUGCCUCGGAGCAGGGCCACCGAGGUCUGCGCCGUGUGGGCAGCGGGGGGCUCAGUGGUGGUAGGAUGUGCCAGUGUGCUGGGAGCCCUCGGCUGAUGGCAGAUGCACAGCUGGACUCGAGGGGCCAGAUCCCCCAUGCGCCAGCCCAUGCCCAUGGUGUGGGGACCCUGCACUGCUAGCUGAGGGGCCCAGCAUCUCCAGAGGAUGGGGUGUCCUUCUCUAUCCCUGUACUUGCUGCCCCUGCUCUGUGCCAGCAGCAGAAGGCUGGGUCCCUGCUCAGGUGCCCCUUUUAAUCAUUGACUGCAUUCCCUCAGCAGUCAGGAGACGUGACUCCGGCACCUUCCCUGCUGCCAUGCAGGAGUCACAGUCACCCGCGAGGCUUGGGCGCAGCCAGCAUGACCAGGGUUAGCAGUAGCGGGCACAGCUCCCCAGGGACGAGGCAGGGAAGAGCCUCUGGGAUCAUGCUCAGGUCUGCUGAGACCAUGUUCUCAGCCAUGAUCCUCCCCUCGCCAUGGGGACAGCAGCCCACAGCCAUGCUGGCAGACCCCUGCGUUCCCAAAGCUGCCCUCAGCCUGUUCUGAGGAAGCACCUGGCAGAGCCAGGGUGGGGACGGCAAUAUACCGAGUGCCACACACCGGGGACAGAAGCCAAAGCAUUCCUGUCUCCCGGAAGGUGAUGCUGACUGCGUGGGCUGGAGCCACUGGCCCUGUCACCAGCAUGCUCACUCCAGCUGCUCUGGCUGGCUGGGGGCAGCCCCAGCAGGAUCAUCCCCUCAGCAGCCAGCCAAGCACCCUGGGACUGAGGCGCAACCGUGGGCAAACCCGCUGGCACCCACACUGCUCCCCACAGCUCUCAUCUUCCUCUGUGGUUUCCCCUCAUCUCCUGCCAUGAGCCCAUUUCUGGGCUGCUGUCUGCUCCUGUCCAGCUGGUCUGGUGCAGCCCCACUGCUGACAUCCACCCUCACACCCUCACAGUGCCAGCUGCUCACCGCCAGCACCAAGGUCACCCCACGCUGAGGUCACCCUGCACUGGGGCAAAGCCAUCACAGGGUCAGACCAGGGCAAUGACCCUCAAGGACAACACUGGCAUGGGAACCACAGCCCGGCCAUGGUGGGACACCAGGGCAGCCCCUCCCUGACAGUGGGGACGGUGACCCUGGGUGUGCAGUGUGGGAAUGGCAGCAGUGCUGCUGCUCCAGGGAAGCUGCUGCUAGGUCCAGGUGGGCUCUGUUCCUGCAAAUCAUCAUGCAAGGACAGAGCUUCCAUUCCAGCGGGCAGCACUUCCACCUCCCAGCCAUUACCACCCCACCACCAUGGCACCAUGUCCCAGCCCUGAUGCUGGGGCCACUGGGCUGCAACACAGUUGCCUUCAUUGGUGGCAUCCCAAAGUCAGCCCAGCCCAGCUCCCUAAACAGUGUUACCACUGGGACCCAGAGCGGGAGCAUCCCAGUCACCCUGAGCAUGGCCAGGUCCUGGCAGCUGCCUGGCAGGUCCCCAUCCUGGAGGGCACAGGGACAAAGACUGCCCUGCUGAUGUCCUUGCUGCUCCAGGCCUCUGCCUAUCCCCCCGUGUUGCUCCCGCUGUGGUGACACGCGGCACAGUGGUAGGGCAGGAGGCUGAGCCAUCUGUGCCGGCUCCUGUUCCUGCAUAAACACCCAGGCAGGGAGGGGACCAUAGGCAAAGGCAAACAGUUACUGAUUUACUGCCACGCCACCGUGCCACAUUGUUGACUGUGGGGUUAAAUUACCUGGAGACCGACCCCGCCAGAGCAGACACCAGCUCGUGACUCAGGCAGGGAUCAUGUCCCAGCCCCAGGCACCCCUGGCCCAUGCAGGUUUGCAGGAUGCUCCAACCCCGAGCUGGGGCUGCCUCUGCAGACUCUGCCAGCAGCAAGGGCACAUCACCAGGGACAGGGCAGGUCUCACCCUCCUGCGGGAGGCUGGGGAGGAGAUGGGCACUGGCAGAGUUGGCAAACUCUGAGGUGAGCAGGGCAGCCACGUUGGGUGGGCGAGCUGGGCCCAACCAAACUAGCCCUGGCUCGACACUGGCAGGCACCAUGAAGUGUCCUGGCCCACCAGACAUGCUCUGGGCAGGGUAUCCUGGACCCGCCGAAGGGUUCUGGGGUUGUACAGCCCCAGCACCACCAAGUCCUGGAGCACUGGGUGCAUUUGCCAAUGGUUCAUUCCCCACCAGCCACUUGCCCAUCCGGUGCUGCCAGACAGUCUGUCCGCAUCCCUGGGGCUGUGGGAGACUGCAGGGAUGAUGGGGGCCACGGGAUGAGAUGGCAGCCAGGCAGAGCUCCCAUGGCUGCUCUGGGGAAGUACAGGGGAGCCCUGGGCUGGGCGUCUGCCCAAGGCACGGGCAGCCUGGAGGGCCCUUCAGUUGAGGACCCAGAGCAGGAGGAGAACAGUGUCUGGAACAGGAGCAGGAAUUGGGUGAGCGGCAGCAGAGCCGAGCUGCAGCCCUGCAGCCCUGUCUGCACCACCAGUUCCUCCCGGCCUCUGGGCAUUGGUGACCCAGGCCAGGGGCUCCAUUCAAGCUCAUGACUGUGGCCAGGGUGGCACAGUGUGAGUCCAAGUUGGGACAGGUCGUGCCCUGUCCCUGGUGCAACCGUGCCUGCUACGCUGCCCGCGAGCAGUACCACUGCAUCCCCAUGGCUGAUCCCUGCGUGGGGCCAUGGCAGCCCAGCACUUCAGUGGGAUCAGUCUGGAGCUGUCUAGGGUCCAGCGUGCAGGGGCUGCAGCCGGUGGUGGUUGGCUGCCAUUCCUGCCGGGUGAGUUCUCAGCAUGGCCGCCCGGUCUCCUCGAGGCUCCCCCUCCCUGGUCGGCAGCCAGGAGCGGCAGAUACCUGAUACUCGGGUUGUGCAAGCGCGAAGGGGGAGCCUGGCCCUGCCCGGCCCUUGGGAACCACCCGGAAGGCCGAGCCCGCCAGCCCCACCUGGAGAGGAGCUUAAAGGCCGGCCGGGCGGCCGCAGCGCAGCCGGUUCCUGCACCAUGCCCAUGGCCCGCAGCGUCCUCAUCUUGGCGGGGCUCCUGGCUCUCUGGGCAGAGCUGCCGGCAGCAUCCGCCCAGAAUGUCACCACAAAAGCCGGUGUGUGCCCGGACCCGGCGACGGACGCGGUGAACUGCACGGUGGGGUGCCAGUCCGAUGGCGACUGCGAGAGCACCCUCAAGUGCUGCCCGGCGGCCUGCGGCAAGGCCUGCCAGAAGCCCGACGGUAACACUCUCUCCUGCUCCUGGCUGUGCUGCUCGGAGCACGACAGCCCAUCCCAGCCCAUCCCAGCCCAUCCCAGCUGGCAGCACCGGUGCUCCAGGGUGCAGUGGUGGCCAUGGGCCUGGGCGCCCAAUGCGGGUCCGGCUGCAGCGGGGGGGACCAGGGGCUGUGUGGGAGCCUGGCAGGCUUGGGGUAUUCUCCUGCUGGGCCACACUCUUCCCUUCCUCCCCUCGGUGAUGCAGGGGCUGAGGAUGAUCCCGAAUGACGCUGGGGCCGGGGCUGAGGGUGGGGGUCUGCGCCGCUCCCCGUCACAGCGCUUGUUGACUGCUCAGCCUCGUGGGCGGCUGCCAGCCCAGGAUGUGGGCACUAUCCCGGCUCCAACCCUGCACUGGGAAGUCUCCCAAUAGCAUCAUCCCCAUCCUUGCACUGGCCACAGCCCUGCAGCUGUCCAGCUGAGCAUAGUUACCAUGCCAGUCCUGCUGGAGAGCAGCCUCUGGAAAUGGGCUCAGGAGUUGGGAUCCACAGCUGCAGACAUGUGGAUGUGACCUGGAGGCUGCAGUACCUCCAUGGCUGCCUGCAGGAUAGCACUGGCCUGGCUGCAGUGGAGGGCAGCAGGGUGCAGAGCUGGAGUCCAGUGCCGAUGGCAGGCAGUGGGACAGCGGAGCAGGGGCCCCACACUGCCAGGUACAGGUUGUCUGGGGGCACAUGAUCCCAGGCAAGGUCUGGGCUGAACCCUCAUGCCAUGAACAAAUGGCCAGGGCCAGGGCCAUCCCUGGCAGCUGUGGGGGACAGCAGGGCCAAGGCCACCAUCGGGUCUGCAUGGCACACCUGCGUAUCCUGUGCCAGCCAUGCGUCCCUGAGCGAGACCACUGAGCACAGGGACCACUGGGGACCACUGUGCCACACAGUCUCCCUGACACAUCCCCGUCGAGUCCAGCUGGCUGGAGCACCAACUGGCAAAGCCAUGGAACGAAGGAAAUGCCAGCAGCCAUGGUGGUCCCUCCUCCAUGGCAGGCAGGGGCCAGGGCCAUGCCCACAGCUCCAGGAGCUGCAGGGUGGGCCCUGCCCCCCAUGCCAGGACCAUCAGGUCUCAGCCAUGU